ACCCCUCCCUUGCAGUGGUUGCUGCAGCAGAGUCUUCAUCAUCUUCAUCGUCAUUCCACCAUCUUGUCUGCUUCUUUCGGCGUCCUGCCGGACUUGAUUGACAUCUGACGGCUGCCCGGUGGACAUGAACUUCACACUGCUGCUCCCACCUUAAAGCAGGACACGCAGGAAGAGGAAGAGGAAGAGGAAGAGGAAGACGGGGGCCGAGCCUCACAGGGCUGAAGAGCAACAUUGUCAGCGAGACCCCCCCACCCCUGACCUCCACCCAGCGUCAUGGCGGAUGUGGAGCGCGGCGCCUUGACGAGGGAAGAACAACAAGCCCCGCCCCCAGCAGCAGACAGUAACGGCGCCGGUACGGCGGCGACAACGGCCGCCUCAGGACCCCCCGCCGGCCAUGCGGAGGUGAAAGGUGCCCACGCCAACGGUCAGGAGGGUCUGGGCAGCCAAUCGGCUUUGAUGGCGGGCGGCUCGCCACGGACUUCGCUCAGCCAGCAGCCCGGCGCCGUCACGGAGGGUCCGGAAGACGGAUCCAAACCGCCGGACUACCUGAUCCUCGCCAUCUUGUCCUGCUUCUGUCUGCUGUGGCCGAUCAACAUCCCCGCCCUCGUCUUCUCCGUCAUGUCCCGCAACAGCCUGCAGCAAGGGAACGUGGACGGCGCCCGGCGCUUGGGCCGCAACGCCUUGGUGCUGUCGGUGAUCGCCAUCUUGGGGGGAACCGCCAUCAUCAUCGCCGCCAUCGCGCUCAACUGGGGGCGGAUUUUGAAGUCGGGAUAGGACACGCCCCCCGCCGUCCCUGCACGACGAGCAUGCGUGAUGACCUUCUACCUCCGACAAGAUGGCCGACCGGGGCUCCGUUGCCACGGCGACACGCCGGCGCUCACCCCGUCAGCCAGUCUGCAUGCCAACUUUUUGCAUGAGUAAAGUAGCGAACUAAUGUUUACAUCCGAUCACUUGGAGACUAUGCCGUAACCGUGGCGACCAGAGGAGUGCAUGUUUACAAGGGGACGACUGUUAGCACUUUGUCAUAAUUAGGAGUGUUGACGUUUGACCACGCUAUGAGGGCGGGGUCAGGAGGCCACGCCCCUUCUCCUAUGUAGCAUGCCUGUUUGCUAACCACAAUAUGCAAGUCCACGACGCUAACCUCCGCUAAAGUUAGCAUCUCUAAUGCACUACGGCUAACUGAAUGCUAGCUCAAUGCUAACCCGUUUGUUUUGAUGACAUUUAUCUUGAAGAUGAUUGGUUAAUAUUUAGUCACAUGUCACCUCGUCACCAUGACAACAUUUGCACUUAACCACGCCCUCCUUCUUUGAGUUCCACAUUUUGGAAAGGUGAUCUUUGUAUUUGUAUUCUCUUUUGUAUUCUUCACCAGCCUGCUUGCGUCACCCGGCUUAUUAUGGGAUGUCAGCAUGUACUGUAUGACAUGUGCUUUGUAAGACUUGGAGACCAGAAAA